AUGUUCUUCCGUCUAGCAACACGAGCCCUCCCCCGUCAAGCCCUCGCGCUGCCACGGCGCCAGGCACUUUUACCUUUCCGUCAAUACUCAGCUGGUGGUGCUCUGUCGGCAGAGGCCAUCCAAACGCGUAUCCUCGACGUAUUGAAAGGUUUUGAGAAAGUAGAUCCUUCAAAGCUCACCGCUACCGCCUCCUUCACAAAUGACCUCGGGCUCGACAGCCUUGACGUUGUCGAGGUUCAAAUGGCCAUAGAAGAGGAGUUCUCCAUUGAAAUCCCCGACGCCGAGGCAGACGAAAUCCAUACGGUUUCACAGGCAAUUGACUACAUCAAAAACACCCCAGCUGCUCUGUAA